AUGGCUGUUCAAAAGAUCAUUAGGAAGAAACCUAAGGCCAAGGUCGACCCGCUCGCCAAGCAGAAGAUCAUCUGGACUGCGGGCCACGGUCUGACCCUUGCUUGCGGGGCCAUCUACGCUGUCUUUUACCUGUUCCAGUGCUUAACCUUUUACAGGUACCGUUCCUGGAAGACGCUGUUUUUAAUCGCCAGACCACCUAUCAACAAGCCCAGAACGUGGCUGAAGUGGUUAUGGCGCCUGUUCCCGCAAAUCUCAUACCGCUUGUCCGUAAUUGGGGUGUUUCUCUCCUACGGUGUUACCAGCUAUCAGAACUGGAACGCGCUCAACCCUAGCUGGUACGAUCUGUUGAGCAAGGAGAAUUUCCAGAGCAUUCUGAUUGCGUGCUUGUGGCUCUUCAGCCGGGCGACUAUUUUCAAAUUAAUCCCAUUCAUGCUCACCAGCUACCUGCACCUCACAGUCAAGGAAAAUGAAAGCGAAGAGAAGGAGUCAAGCGCGCAAAAUACACAGCUGCUGCACGUCAUAGCGUACUCGGAGUUGAUCGUGGCGGGCAUCCUAUUUUUGGACACGAUUUCUUUCAAGGGCGCGUCUGGGUUUGUACUGGCGUUGUACCUGGCCAUCUAUUGGCUCAGACUUAACUUCUCGCCCUACGCCCAAGUCACGUUGUUGAGACUUGUGGUCAAACUCGACAAAAAGGUGCCACCCAAGUUCGAGUCGCAGUGGAAGCAGGUCAAAGAGUUUCUCUACCUGAGAAUGGACGAGAGCAAGAAGAAAAGGGCGGAGAUCGCGAAGCCAUACUAG